ACCUGCACAGCUCACCACUGUGGGGAAACGCUGCUGCUUGUGGAUUCAGGACUUGUGCAUGGACCUGCGGAACCUGGAGCGGGCUCGGGAUGACCUGCGUUUUCGUGGUGUAAAAGGCACCACUGGCACUCAAGCCAGCUUCUUGCAGCUCUUUGAGGGAGAUCAUAGUAAAGUUGAAGAGCUGGACAGAUUAGUGACUGCAAAGGCAGGAUUUAAGAGGGCUUAUAUGGUCACAGGGCAGACCUAUAGUCGCAAGGUGGAUAUUGAAGUCCUGUCUGUGCUGGCCAGUCUAGGGGCAUCUAUACACAAGAUUUGCACUGACAUUCGUCUUUUGGCCAACCUGAAGGAGAUAGAGGAGCCUUUUGAGAAGGACCAGAUUGGUUCAAGUGCUAUGCCGUACAAGAGGAAUCCAAUGCGUUCAGAGCGCUGCUGCAGCCUGGCUCGACACCUGAUGACUCUGGUGCUGGAUCCCCUCCAAACAGCCUCUGUGCAGUGGUUUGAGCGAACGUUGGAUGACAGUGCCAACAGGCGCGUGUGUCUGGCUGAGGCUUUCCUCACAGCUGACAUCAUUCUGAGUACACUGCAGAAUAUCUCCGAGGGACUUGUGGUAUAUCCAAAGGUGAUUGAGAGGAGGAUCCGGCAGGAGCUGCCAUUCAUGGCCACAGAGAAUAUAAUCAUGGCAAUGGUGAAAGCAGGGGGCAAUCGUCAGGAUUGCCACGAGAAGAUUCGUGUUCUUUCUCAGAAAGCAGCUGCUGUUGUGAAACAGGAAGGGGGUGAUAAUGACUUCAUUGCCCGUGUCCAAGCUGAUCCUUACUUCAGCCCUAUCCAUAAACAACUUGAAAGCCUGUUGGAUCCCUCCUCCUUCACUGGACGUGCUCCUCAGCAGGUGGCAAAGUUCCUGAAGGAGGAGGUUCGACCAGCGCUGAUUCCAUACCAAAGCAAGAUGGGUGGGAAAAUUGAGCUGGCACUUUAGGUGUAUUCCCAAAGGUGUAUGGGUACAGGAAGAUAAUAAAAGCCGUAUUGAACCA